AUUUAUAUCAGUGUGUAAGGUUUUACGUAUAUGAGAUGGCCAACACACGUUUUUCGUAUGUCAAGCAUUUUGAGCAGGAUACCAUCCUUCUACCUGAAUCAUGGCCAGUUGUACGUGUAGACGGCCGUGGAUUCACGAAGUUCUCUAAAUUACAUGAAUUUCGUAAACCUAACGAGCCGCUGGCUCUGGGUGUAAUGAAUGCAGCUGCGGCCCAUGUAAUGUCAACAUUUGACGAUAUUGUCUUGGCCUACGGUCACUCAGAUGAAUAUAGUUUCCUGUUUAAACGUGAUACUCGAUUAUACAAUCGGCGUAUGCAGAAAAUACUAUCUAGCGUAGUUUCUGCGUUCUCCUCGGCAUUUUCCUUUUAUUGGUCUCGAUUUUACCCCGAUAGACAGCUUAAAAUACUACCAUCAUUUGAUGGACGUAUUGUACUGUAUCCUCGAUUCGAGAAUAUAGUUGAUUAUUUUUCUUGGCGUCAUGCUGAUUGUCACAUAAACAAUCAAUACAAUAUAUGCUUCUGGUGCUUGGUUGCUGAUGGAAAAUGCCCUGACGAGGCCUACAAGUGGUUAAAGCACACCCAAAAGGGAGAGAAGAAUGAAUAUAUAUAUCAAUCUCGUGGUAUAAAUUACAAUAACUUGCCACGAAUUUUCAGGAAAGGGACUACCCUAGUGAGAUUAUUAUCUACCGAGCCAGGGUUAGGUCAGUGCGUCCAGGAUGGUAUAACUACAAAAGUCGAUCGUGGUAGUAUCGAUUGUCAAGCAACUGACCGUCAUAGACUGGAUACAUCCAUUGUAAAUACACGCCAGCAGGCAACUGGUGACGUUAUAGAGCUGACUAUCGAUGAGUCUGAAAUUGCCUUGAUAUCGCAGAAGCUGGAUUCCAUAUGUAAUCCUAUGGGCAUUGGUGUAGUUCACUGUGACAACACUAGCGAGGCUUUCUGGAAUGCCGCUGCGCCAUCAUAUUCCAUGGAUGGUGGCACCCGGACUAAGAAAAACAUUGACACAAUUGCCGCACUAAGCACAGACAUGAUAAACAAGCUUAAUUCAGGUCGUUAAGCA